AUGCCGCUAUACAAUAUCACUAUUCAUCCGCUGAAGCUUGCUGCGCACUUCUGCAAACAGGGUUGUUCAUACGUUGUCGUUGUUAACCGUAAGGGGGUGGAGCUGGCGACAAAACCCGCCAUGUGUACCGUUGCCGAUGAGGUGGCCUUCAGCACACCGGCGGAACUGAACCAGACCCGGACAUUUCAACUUGCCUUCGACUCACCCAAGGACCGACGUAUGAUCCAGUUUGCUAUGUACGACGUUACCAAUCCGAAGCAUAGCAUAAGGAUCACAGGAUUUGAAAUCCCACUUGCGGGGAUGUGCAGUGUGCUUGCCGGUGAGUCCAUAUGCGAAAGGAAGGCUGUCUCCUUCCGCAUUUCUGGAAGGCCGGGGCGGUUGGACGUCAUUUUCCGCAUGCACCCCACUACGAGCCCCGUACCCCCUCUGACGUUGUAUGCGGGGCCGGCAACAGGUUCUGGAGGAAGCAGCUCACCAGUGGAAACAGUUCGCCUCCCCGCGCGCACCGUGGAGGUGCUUAAGAAGGUUGGUGUACUACCAAAAGAUGUGGAAGAAGUUGAGGUGGACGCUGUCAUCGCCCAGGAGGUUGUUGUGCGCACUUCCAUGUUGUUUCCCAGUGAGGCCGAACUGCGUGAACGUGUGAUGACGCUCGAACGUGAGGUAGCCCAACAGGAGUAUAGCGUGCGGUAUGCUUCAAAGGACAGUGUGUCUUCAGGUUCGGCCGCUUGUGUUGCGCUGCGUAGCGAGCUUCAAUACUGGAAGGACACUGUAGAAAGAGUGAAUCUACAGUCAGCGCAAGAAACAGGGAUUGCGUUGUUGCUUAAAGCUGGUGAAGAGGGUGAACACGACGACGGCAGUCGCGCCCUCAUAGCCGAUGUUGAAGGGCAACUGGAGGAGGCGAGGAGAGAGCUAAAGACCAUAGAAAGAUCCCAGAAUGAUGAAGAGUUGAACACGAAAUUAAUUCCACUUCUCGGGCAGGUGGAGCAGUUGGAGGAGCUACUGGAACACCUCCGGAAGGAAGUACAUGUACCACCCAAGACUGCGGGAUCUAGUGAGAAAGCUGACGUCGUAGAUCAGUGGGAACAACUUGCGCGCGAAUUAUUCGACAAGGAGCUGAUGGUUGAACAACUUAUGCACACAGUUCUUACACUCAACCAACUUCAGUUUGAACCAUAUCCUGCCGCAAUUGAGAUGGGCGCUGUUGGGGAUACGCCAUGUGAACUACAGUUCGUGCGUGACAACAAGAGACAGUUGAAGAACCUUCCUCAGGUCCCCACUCCUAAGCAAGCCACCGAUCUCGCAGCAGCCUCCGGCGGUCCCACCAGUGACAACCUGCUGAACGAUCUCUUCGGUUGUCCAUCUCCCCCAAAACCAGUUCCACAACCGACGGUACAGGCCGACGAGGUGACAUCACAACCGCACUUCGAAAGAGAAAACGGGGGGCUUCCAGGCGCACCAUCUGUUUUUUCUAGCGGUGUGGCCCCAAUUUGGGGGCAAAAGCCAGUGGGGGCACCCCCCCAAGAUGACGCUAUGCAACCAGCGGCCACGGCAAACACUCUAGACACCACCGAUGGCAAGGUCGGCGACAGCAUGGCGUUCGAAAAGAAAACAACUGAACCGCAAAUUAUGGUCUCCGCCGGUCUUGCUGCAGCCGCCGCAUCACCACCUGACACCCAAAACGGACAGCAGCUAUCAUUCCCAUUUGACUCGAAGCAGCAGGGUCCAACACAGGGACAGCAGCAACCAUUCCCAUUUGACUCGAAGCAGCAGGGUCCAACACAGGGACAGCAGCAACCAUUCCCAUUUGACUCGAAGCAGCAGGGUCCAACACAGGGACAGCAGCAACCAUUCCCACUGGGUUCGCAACAGCAGGGUCCAACACAGGGACAGCAGCAACCAUUCCCAUUCGACUCGAAGCAGCAAGGUCCAACACAGGGACAGCAGCAACCAUUCCCACUGGGUUCGCAACAGCAAGGUCCAACACAGGGACAGCAGCAACCAUUCCCAUUUGACUCGAAGCAGCAGGGUCCAACACAGGGACAGCAGCAACCAUUCCCAUUUGACUCGAAGCAGCAGGGUCCAACACAGGGACAGCAGCAACCAUUCCCAUUUGACUCGAAGCAGCAGGGUCCAACACAGGGACAGCAGCAACCAUUCCCACUGGGUUCGCAACAGCAAGGUCCAACACAGGGACAGCAGCAACCAUUCCCACUGGGUUCGCAACAGCAAGGUCCAACACAGGGGCAGCAGCAACCAUUCCCAUUUGACUCGAAGCAGCAGGGUCCAACACAGGGACAGCAGCAACCAUUCCCAUUUGACUCGAAGCAGCAGGGUCCAACACAGGGACAGCAGCAACCAUUCCCAUUCGACUCGAAGCAGCAAGGUCCAACACAGGGACAGCAGCAACCAUUCCCACUGGGUUCGCAACAGCAAGGUCCAACACAGGGACAGCAGCAACCAUUCCCAUUUGACUCGAAGCAGCAGGGUCCAACACAGGGACAGCAGCAACCAUUCCCAUUUGACUCGAAGCAGCAGGGUCCAACACAGGGACAGCAGCAACCAUUCCCAUUUGACUCGAAGCAGCAAGGUCCAACACAGGGACAGCAGCAACCAUUCCCACUGGGUUCGCAACAGCAAGGUCCAACACAGGGACAGCAGCAACCAUUCCCAUUUGACUCGAAGCAGCAGGGUCCAACACAGGGACAGCAGCAACCAUUCCCAUUUGACUCGAAGCAGCAGGGUCCAACACAGGGACAGCAGCAACCAUUCCCACUGGGUUCGCAACAGCAGGGUCCAACACAGGGACAGCAGCAACCAUUCCCAUUUGACUCGAAGCAGCAAGGUCCAACACAGGGACAGCAGCAACCAUUCCCAUUUGACUCGAAGCAGCAAGGUCCAACACAGGGACAGCAGCAACCAUUCCCACUGGGUUCGCAACAGCAAGGUCCAACACAGGGACAGCAGCAACCAUUCCCAUUUGACUCGAAGCAGCAGGGUCCAACACAGGGACAGCAGCAACCAUUCCCACUGGGUUCGCAACAGCAAGGUCCAACACAGGGACAGCAGCAACCAUUCCCACUGGGUUCGCAACAGCAAGGUCCAACACAGGGACAGCAGCAAUCAUUCCCAUUUGACUCGAAGCAGCAAGGUCCAACACAGGGACAGCAGCAACCAUUCCCAUUUGACUCGAAGCAGCAAGGUCCAACACAGGGACAGCAGCAACCAUUCCCAUUUGACUCGAAGCAGCAAGGUCCAACACAGGGACAGCAGCAACCAUUCCCACUGGGUUCGCAACAGCAGGGUCCAACACAGGGACAGCAGCAACCAUUCCCACUGGGUUCGCAACAGCAGGGUCCAACACAGGGACAGCAGCAACCAUUCCCAUUUGACUCGAAGCAGCAGGGUGUACCGCAGACCCCGUCAGUGCCAGGACAACAGCAGCAAUAUAUGGCCCCUCCAGAGACACCUGUUCCUCGGUAUGUGCGACGUCCACUAGCGUCGGGAGUGUCUCCCUUUGCUCCUUUUAUUAACAUUCCCCUCGUAGCACGUGCUUGUCCCCUGGAUAUUUACCUUGAUGGGCAGACCCCUACACGCGGCACAGAGAUUACCAUUCAGAACAAUGGUGGUUUUGACAUUACUAUUGGUGGGGUGGAGCUGCGGCAGGAAGACAUGACAUCAACUUCGCCGCACGCAGGUCAAACUGUUCCCAUACGUCGCUGGCCACAACAAAUGCACGUACCGCGCGGCGGCGGUCGCGCUACAUGCAUUAUUGCGCUGCACCCAAGUUAUGCUCGGGGGAGUUCGCUCAUCCUCCUGGUCGUGGUGUAUGUGCUGAAUGAGGGUCGUUAUACACCUUUUGCCGCCCGUUUUCCAGUAUAG